GUGAUAUUCACAGAAACCCUAACCCUAACCUACCCGGUGGUAUUAACCCUAACAAUAACCCCAGAGCAUCGGCAUGUAGCAGCUGAGCGCAGGCUGAAAGGCUGUCCAUCAUGAAGAAGCGAGCCAACAAGGUGCUGAAGGAUGAGGAGACCUUGUGCUGCUGCGAGUAUAUGAACAGACUCGGAGAGCGCAGCCAUGUGGGAGCCUGCUGCUGCGACUGUGAGGACCUGGAUGACGCCUGUGACAGGUUUCUGAAGAGGGAGCCUCAGAAACCUGAAUCCCUGACGCACGUGACUGCAGUUUUCACAGACCGGAUUCGUGUGCCCUGGCUGUGGGGGGGAGCCCGAAAAGUGGAACUGUCCAUCAUCCCUCCUCUCAUCCUCCUGCCGGUCCUUCUGCACGUCGCUGCUCUCCACUUCCUGCUCGGCAUCGUGGUCCUGACAGCUCUGCCCGGCCUGGUGCUGUGGUACUACUACUUCACCCACCGCAAGAAGGGACAGACACUCUUCUUCCUCAGCCUGGCCCUCUUCUCCCUGGCGUACAUGUACUACUUGUUCAUCACUGAGGUGCUUCCCAAUGGGGAUAUCGGUUUGGUCCAGCUGGCGGUGGUAACUGUCGGGGUCCUACUCACCCUGGUAGCCCUCGUCCACACCAAGAGAGAACCUGGCAUUGUGCUGCCAAACCAAGAGGCGGUCCACAGCACGGUGACGUAUUACGGCCCUCUGGCAGACAGAGACCCUGCGGUCAACGGAGGGAGGCAGGAAGUGACGAUGACCGUAGCCAACCGGGCGGGUUUGUCGGAGCAUGCGGAGGCGGAGGUGAAGGAGAGCGGCCGAAGGAACUGGUGUCCGGUGUGCAGGGUGGUGCGGCCCCCGAGGGCGGGACAUUGUAGGAUCUGUGGCGUCUGCGUGCUGCGUCUCGACCACCACUGUGUCUGGAUAAACAGCUGUGUAGGGCAGACCAAUCACCGCAGCUUCCUGCUCACCCUCGUCUUCUUCCUGUCGACGUCUCUGUACGGGAUCAGCCUGGUGCUGCGGAGUGUGUGUCCAAAUCAAUACCUCUUCACCGCCCUGCUCUACUGCCCGGGAGUCUACAACCAGUACAGCGCUGCACUUUGCUUCACCUGUGCGUGGUACAGCAGUAUCGUGACCUGCGGGCUGCUCCAUCUGCUGAUGGUGCAGGUCAUCAACGUCAGCUACAACGUAACCGAGCGCGAGGCUCGCAUAGCCCUGAGAGACAAAACCGCUCGCAGCGCCUACUGGGGACUCGUCGUCGACACGGGCGUCUACUCUCGAGGUUUCCGUGGCAACUGGGCAGAGUUCAUGACCAUGGGAGAAAAACUGAAUUCACCCUCUCCCGUCCCAGCAGACCUGGUUGCCUUGCUGGGAGUCGACAAACAAGAAAAAUGUGAGAAUGAGUAAUUGUUCUGGUCCUCCAUAGGGACAUUUUCUCUGAGCACGACGUCAGCAACAACAUGACGCCUCAAUGACGCACAAAACAUGGGCUGAACAUAUUUUCUAAGAUAGUCUCUCAGCACACCUAGUCCUCCACUAACACUUAUCUGCAGUGUUCACUAAAGACGGUACCUAACUUCAACUUGUGAAAGGUGUCAUGGAUUAUUUAUCACAGAUGAAUGAAUCUCAGCACGAGCGACGUAAUCGGGCAAUUAAAGUUAGACAGUUUUUCAUUGCAUUUGACAUAAUGAAUGAUCGGAUAGCCAUGAAUAUAUUAGUAGUUACUUUUAUUCUCUUUUAGCUGGUUCAAAUUGAUUCCUGAAUUAAUUAAAAGCAAAUAAACCAAAACACAUUAAUGUCACCUUGAGAAGAUAGCUUUUUCCAGUGCUUUCCGCUAUUGCUGCUUUUAUUAAAGGGAUUUUCUCAAAGGGAUUGAAAGCUU